GCCUGGCCGUCGCAGUCUUUCCUUAAUAUUUACCAGAGCGCACUGUCAAGAUGCUCCCAAACGUGCUGAACCGGCACAGCAACGGCAAUAGGUCGAACGAACUGGAGGUGCCCCAGGUCCCCUUCGCAUCCGCCAACUCGAUCCGGUCGAACACCCCGCUGAAUGCUCCCCCGCUCAGCACUUCGCCAUCGCUCUCGGCCAACUACCUUCCUACAAAGUUCUCCGAUUCUCUGCUAUACAAUGGUUUCAGACGUAGGAACAUUGGCAAGACUGCACCGCCCGGUAUCCCUAAGCGCGGCGGUGGAAGAGAGGCGUUCAAGCAGGGAGAGGCGAGGAUGCCCGGUGCGAACGACGAGGACUACGACGGUGUGCAGUCGGGUUGGUUUGGCAAGGAUGGUGCAAAGAAGCCGAUGAGGCUGAGGUGGAACAGGUUCAAGUGGACCCUCUUCUGUUCUAUCGUCCUCUUCUCCGUUUACGCCCUUGCAGGCCUCAUCUUCCUGCUCUGCACCUGGUUCGACGCUUUCGACAAUUCUGAUGUCGUCCGCGUCGGCAACCGCCCAGAGCUCAUCCUGUCCACUAUCGCCGUUGCCCUCGCCCUCGUCACCUCUCUCAUCGGCUGGGGUGGCGUUCUUCUCAACAACCGUUCAUUCCUCGCCAUAUACACUUUCCUUCUCUGGAUCUGUUUCGCCUUCCUCCUCACUCCAGGCUACAUCACUUACAAGAAACGCACCUUCAAUCUCGAGGGUAAAGUCAACGCCCAGUGGUCUCAGGAUCUCGGCAUCAACGGUUGGCUUCGCAUCCAGAACCAGCUCCAAUGCUGCGGCUACUUCUCUCCGUUCGUCGAGGCCGCCGUCAGCCAGACCUGUUACUCGAGGAGCGUGCUCGAGGGCUGUAAAGGUCCUUACAUCAGGUUCGAGAGGAUGGUGUUGGAGAGGUGGUACACCAUCGCGUUUUCAUGCGUGCCCUUCUUGAUCUUCUGCAUCGUCGCCGGCCUGCUGUGCUCGAACCAUGUCACGUAUAGGUUCGGCAAGGGGAUGAUGCCCAAGGCGUAUAGGCUCAAUAUGAACACCAUGGCCGUCAUCAUGGACAACUACGCAAAUGAACUCGCAGAACAGUACGGUCAAGACUUCGCUGCGGACGUCAUGACUCGCUCCCGCUCUAGGAUCGAUCUCCAGGACGGCACUCCUUACUCCCCUGAUGGGUCCACCGGCAACGUUACGCCUCCUCCUCGCGGCGAUGGAGCGAAGUACAACGCUUUGCAGGCGACGCCGGAUUCGGAUAGGCUCCCGAGGAGGUCGGGGCGGAGGUCGGAUUCUGAGUGAGAACAGAGCACGACGGUGGUAGAGUUGGGCUCAGUGGGCCAGGCAACGAGAUGUUAUCUGUGACUGGCUAAUGUGCACGGCGGGGUUGGGAAGCCCGGUCAGGACUGCAGUGGUACUCGCGAUGGACUUGGAUCUCAAGAUGCACGUACACGCUUCCUCUUUUAUUUUCUUCUUUUUGCCUCCUUGUUUUCUUGGAAUUUUACUCGCUCUUUUUGUGGCGCUCGAAACUUGUGUUUUCUACGUUUUUCUUACAUUAUGCUAUGGACGCUUGCGAUACCCACUCUUUAUUCGAACUUUCCUCCAUAUGAGCAUCUGACCAUGGCCUUCCGAGGAAACGACUUUGUUGAACUUCGU